AACUAAUAAAUGUUAUUAUCUAAAAGAGUUAACUGUAAAUUUAAUAAUUUAUUAAUUAACAAAUAAUAUUUAAUAUUUAUUUUGGUAUUCCCAAACAACAUUUUUUAGUAAUAUGUUUGGAAAACUUGUAAGUGUAAAAGAUUAUGAAAACUAUGCAGCUAAUACAUUAUCAAAAACAGUUCUUGAUUUCUAUAAAAGUGGAGCUUGUGAUGAAUAUACACUUUCACUUAAUGAACAGGCGUUUAGUAGGUUACGGAUCAUCCCUAAUAUGUUACGUAAUGUUUGCAACCGUAACUACAACUUAACCAUCUUAGGUAAUCAAGUGAAAAUUCCAAUUGGUAUAUCUCCAUGUUCUAUGCAUAAAAUGGCCCAUGAGGAUGGAGAAUGUGCAUCUGCUCAAGCUGCUGGAAAACAUGGAGCAAUAUUUAUACUUGCAACAUUAUCUACGUGUAGCAUAGAAGAAGUAGCACUUGCUGCACCUGAAACUAUUAAAUGGUUUCAAUUAUACAUUUACAAAGAUAAAGAAAUAAAUAAGACAUUAAUAAAACGAGCUGAAAAAGCUGGAUACAAGGCCCUUGUAAUAACUGUUGAUGUUCCAGUUAUGGGUAUUCGAUACAAAGAUGAAAAAAAUAAAUUCUACCUACCUAGUUAUUUGAAGUAGGUUACAUAAUUACAUUUUCAUAUUGUUCUAAAACCUGACCAAAUGGAAAAUAAGGUGAUAAAAA